AGUAACAUGUGAAUGGGUAAAAUGGCAUCUUUCACAGUAUUUCUGCCAUCCUUUUACUUGUUUUGGGUCAUCACUCCUUACUUCCUGUUUGCAUUCACUCAUGUCCAUGGACUUCCAAAACCUGAGCUGUUUGUAUCCUCUUCAGUAAUUUUGCCGACAACCACAGUCGAUCUGAGUUGUGUAGUCCCUCAGGAUCCAGUGUCUCAGUGUUUUUUCAUGGUGGGAACAUACACCAUCCCUUCACCAUCAUGCCAGCUGACCCUCACAGGAGAACAAAUGAAACUCUGGGGACAUGUAAACCCACCUUCAGUGCUUCCAGUGAAAUGUUUCUACACUGUAAACAGGUCUGGUGUUAAUCGUCCCUCUGAAAAAUCUUAUCCUGUUUCAGUGCUUGUGCUGGGUGAGUGAAGAAGCAUCACUACUGUAAAUUCACUUAACAUUCACUCUGUUUGGCAUUUCUGAGUUCAUUCCUGCCUUCUGUCUGCUGAUAGAUCAUUUGCAGAAACCCACGGUAAGCGUGCACCAUGACCGAACAGACAUGCAGUUCGACAUUUUUUGUGAAAUACCCAAGCAGUCCUGGAAUGUCACCGGAUGCCAGCUUUAUACUGGACAUGGGGAGAACUUUUACUUGACAGCUAAAAUACAGAAAGCAUCUGGAAACUGCCAUUUUUUUUCUGUGGACGAAAAUGAUUUAUUCAGACGUCUGCAGUCAGUGAGGAGCAGAGAGGUGAGCUGUGAUUAUACAGUGAACACAGAACCUUCAUCUCUCUCUCCACGCAGUGACCCUUACACCAUUCAAGGAUACCAGCCCCAGACCAAAAAUACUCCUUUAACAUCACCAGAAGCAGGUUUAAGGUCUCAAUCUACUCCAGUUAAACUCAAAGCUACCACAAGAGGUGAUGCACACACUGUCACAGUUUCUCCAGGUUCAACCCUUCACCGUACUCCAAAGUACACCAUGGAUGCUUCAGGUUUAAGGUCUCAAUCUACCUCAGUUAACCUCAAAGCUGCCACAAGAGUUGAUGCACACACUGUCAAAGGUUCAACUCCUCACUUUACUUCAGAGACCACCAUGGUUGCUUCAGUGUCACGGAGAACAGUGCUGAUCUUGGCGGUGACUAGCCUGUGCAUUGUCCUGACUGGUGUGUCUGCACUCGGUCUCAUCUGGAUAUGUCGUAUGUGA